UAUUUUUUUCGUUUAGCAUGUGUAUAUGAAGAUUUCUGUAGUCUGUACGUGACCAAAAAUGAAGAAUUCCUUCGUUUAUCACUUGUGGUACAGUGCUUUUUGGACACUGGUAACAAACGCAUUUAAUCCAUUUAUGGAUCAUGAUCUCCAUGCAAUCGACUGGGUUGGACCGAAUGAUCUAGAAAAAAUUGCGCCAGGAGAAAAUGUAAUUGUGAUGAAAACGAAAGCCAAUGAAAAGUAUAGCUGUGUUUUACCUGAGAGUGCUGAUGCAAUAGAAGAGGAACUAAGGAAACAUUAUGAUGGACCAAGUCCAGAUGCACUGAUUAGCAGUUUGUUUCAGCAGAAUUCUUGCUCAUAUAGGAUUGAAAGUUACUGGACAUAUGAAUUAUGUCAUGGUAGAUAUCUAAGGCAGUAUCAUGAAGAUAAGGAGCUAAGUGCAAAAAAACCAAAAGUACAGGAGUAUUAUCUUGGAUAUUUUGGACAAUAUAGACCUUCAAAAGGCCAGGAUUUAGCAAAAGAGUUAGAAGAGAAACUGAAACCACAAGAAAUCAAGAGUAAAAGAGUAGAUGACAUAGAACUACCUUAUUAUGAAGUGAACAUGACAGAGGGUACAGAGUGCGAUCUAAACAAGAAACCACGACAAGUAAGAAUUCUCUACAUCUGUCAGCCUGAUGGACGAGGAGAAAUAUACGAGAUGAAGGAAACUUCAACUUGUGAAUAUGAAGUAUUGGUGCUAACAUCUGUUCUUUGUGCAAAUCCAAAGUUCAAACCAAAAAACCCACCUGUCAGUAAAAUAGCCUGUCAUGCAAUGGACGGCUCACCUGUACGACCCACUGGUCUGGACCACGAGUUUCAGAUACAUCCCAAUGCUAAAGCCUACACUGUUCAGAUUCAUCCUGAGGAGGAAGAGGAGGAGCAGGAGGAGGAAGAAGAGGAGACAACUCCGACGAGUCAACCUCCCAAAAAAGAGCCACCCCCUCCCAAACCAGUGGACAACACUUUAACAUCAACCACAGACAACCAGGUUCUGCGGGACUUCCUGUCCGGAGAUCACUGUCUUCAAGGAGGAACUGGUUGGUGGAAACAUGAGUUUUGUUUCGGAAAGUAUGCAAGGCAGUUUCAUGAUGAUCCAGAAGGAAGAACAGUUAUCUACCUUGGACAGUGGCAUGAACUGAAACAUUUAGAAUGGGUUUCUAAAAAUCCAUCAAAAAUGCCAAAAGAUAAAGGCAAAAGAAAGUCAUUAUCCUUGCUAUACACUGGAGGGGAUGAAUGUGAUAUUACAGGGAAAAGAAGAUUAGCAGAAGUUAGAUUAAAAUGUGUAGAAAAUGCCCAAGCACCACAUUCUGUCUCCAUUUAUCUAAUAGAACCAAAGACAUGUGAAUACAUAAUGGGAAUUGAAUCUCCAUUAUUUUGUUCCAUAUUAGACCGAGCUGAUGAAUAUGGCAUUAUUAAAGACACAAAAGUGUAAUAAUAACUUACAGCAGAAAUGAAAUCCCGAGUCUUUCAUGUGAUAUGCAUGUUUGUGUGAAAUAAGUGAGUUUUCUAAAUUAAAGUGAAUUAUUUUAACAUAUACCCAUUUUAUUUUUAAAAUCACAAAUACAUGUAAUCUUGGUAAUACAUGUAGUACAUUAAUGGUAAAAGUCCUAGAAGUACAUGUGAUUUAUGUUUGGAGAAUGGUGCUUUUUAAAAUGCAUGUAAAUGUAGUUAUUAUAAAUGUACCAUUCCUGUUUCCAAAUUUAAAAUUAUAAUUUUUUCUUGAUAAAAUUGUAUAGAAGUUUGAUGUAUUGAAUUCAUUUAUUGAAAAUUUAAAUAGCAUUUUUUGUCAGUUUUAUUCAGUUCAUGAAUGAUUGUAAAUACUACAAUACUGUAAACUUGGAUAUUUUUACGAGAUAAAAAUGUAACAAAGCAUUGGUGUAGGGGUUAUUUUUGUGGAAGAUAAAAAACAUUUAUUUCAGUUUGUUAUUAAGUAUUUCAUCUAUUUUGAAACUUUUCGAGUGGUUAUUAAUUUUGCAAAACUUUAUUCAUCACAAAAUUUUUCAUGCAAACAUUUCCACAUUUACAGUGCUAUGUGUUCCAUUCAAAGUUGUUCACAGUCUUCUACCACAUGUUCAGGUUCAAAUUUCUUUUUCAGUCUCUUGUUUUGUUCACAUGUAAAGUGUAGGUGUAAAACUAUGGUAGAAAUUACGUGUUUAUUAAUGUGCAAAGAUUAAUGCUUCCUUAAAUUAAAAAUGAGUAAUGGCAGAAUAUUUUCAUAUCUGUCAAGAGUUAAUGCUUUAAGAACUUGGUUUUAAAAGAUAAUGUGCAUAAUAAAACAUAAAACAAAUACUUUGUAGGGGUUGAAAUUCAAGGGGGGGGGGGGGGGGGUGUAAUUCGUUGUUUGACAUAUGAAUUACAGUAAAUCACACUUAUAGUGAACACACUUACAUUGAAGUGAUUUUCAUUCCCCAUCUCUUUAAAAUAUAUUGUGAACUAAAUGGAUUUAAUGAAUUACAUUUAUAAAGAAGCAAAAUAGUCUGUCCCUGGCACUUCAUUAUCAACAUGCUUUACUGUAGUACAAAUGUGAAGCAUGUCUUUAAUGUGUGUAAAAUAAUAUUUUUCACACAUAUAUUGUUCAUGAAUUCACAGUUUUAUGGAGUGUGCAAAUGUGGUAAAAAUUUCCACUGCAAAAUUCCCCCCCCCCCCCCAUCAGUGAAUAUUUGAGUAUAGCAAGUCAUUUUCAACAGAGAAUGAAAUGAAGUCUACUGUAGUUGGAUAAUCAUAAUGUACAGAAAUGAGGAAGCAAUUUUUUUUUUUAAGGUUUGAUAUUGUAUUUAAUUCUAAAUAUCUUUUAAGUGGAUUAAGUAUUGGAUGUUGAUUACUAUAGAAGCACAAAGUUUCAUGGAGAUAAAAUUUUGUUGAUUUGUUAUCUAAAAAGGAUUCGUGGGUAUUGAAUUUCGUUGAUUAGAAAGUAACCCUAUUCAAUAUCUAGUCAAUUUUUAAAUUUUCAUGUUAGAUAUAAUUUCGGGUUUUUUUUAUAAUUGUUAAACACAAAAUAAAUGAAAUUUAAUCCCCAACGAAUAUUUCUGCUUUUACAGUAAAUGUUCAUUUCAUUGCAACUGUUUGCUGUUUUCAAAUGAUAUUCUUGUUACAUUGCAUAACGUAUCCUGGCUUUGUAAUACAUGUUCUUCCAGGUGCAUUUAAGUUUGAAAUUCAAUGAAUUAAAACUUUACAAUCACAAAUCAAACAA